CUCAAUCAAUUUAUGAACUGUACUGCAAUCGAUAUAUUUUUUAACAAAAAUCAAGUGAGUUUUAUAGCAUGAUUGAUACUUAAAGCCCCGUCAUAAAUUCUCAUUCUAAUAUAAGUAUAAAAGAGAUUUAGAUGGGUGUUGAAUGUUAUUGAUAAUGGGAAGAAAUAGAUUGAGAUUGUUUUCUGUUGUGCUGGAUUGUUUCGCUCCUGAACAACGAUAUGAAGAAGAUAAUAAUAAUAAUAAUAAUAAUAAUGUUGAGCUUCCACAGCACAUUGAAGAAGGAGGAGGAGGAGGAGGAGGAGAAGAAGGAGGAAGAGGAGAAGGAGGAGGAGGAGGAGGAGGAGAAGAAAGUACAGAAGAUUUUGAGCAAGGUGUGCACAUAACUGUGCAACGUUUGGCUGGUGGAUCUCGCCAAGUUAAGCGUAUUAAAUUCAGUCGUGAAGUGUUUAGCGAAAUGCAGGCAAGAUUGUGGUGGGAAGAAAAUCGGGUGAGAGUACAUGAGCAUUAUUCUUCAACUGGGAAUUGAGAUCAACUUUCUUAUUUGGUGUAAUCUUUGAUACUUGUUUUCUCUGUCUAGACAAAUAAAGAAAAGAUUUCUUAGCCCAAUU